AUGUCGAGCCCUCUCCCACCAAAUCCAUAUGAGGCUCUCGGUGUGAAGAAGGAGGCGACGCUGCCCGAGAUUCGCAGUGCUCACCGAAAGUUAGUUCUCAAAUGCCAUCCAGACAAGGUGCAGGACGCCGCGUUGAAGGCAGUCAAGCAGGAUGAGUUUCAAAAGGUGCAACAAGCAUACGAGCUCCUCAGUGAUGAGAAUCGACGGGUCCAAUACGACGAACAAGUCAAGCUAUUUGAACUUCGAAAGGAAAUGGGUCGGGGCGUUCCAACUCCCAGGAGUAAUCCGUUCGAGUAUGCAAAUGGAGUAGAAAUCAGAACGGCCGAACCACGAGCGAAUACCUACAGAACGACCAAACCAGCACAACCGAUCCCCAAGUCAUAUACACAACCCAUGCCCAAAGUCUACGCACAUCCUACACCCAAAUCAUCGAGUUACGAGGAUUUUCCCUACGGUGAUGGAGGACCCACUCCGAGGAAAACGGCAAGCUACGAGUCGACAGACCGAAAGCGGCCUUCUGCCAGAGAUGAGGAACGAAGUAGGAGGGCGGCAGAGGAAGAGAGGAUACGGUCAUACGAGAAGGAAGCCAAACGCUCUUCUCAUAAGGACAAAAGGAAAUCACAGGAAAAGGACAAGAGAAGAGGUUCAGAGGAGAAGCAUGCUCGGGCUGCAUACGUCAGUGAUGACGAUUCUGAUGGUUAUCAACCCACGCGUCGAACAUCCGAUAAAAGAUCGAGUCGACCAAGAGUAGUGGAAGUGGAGGAGAGAUAUGUACGGGAGGAACCAAAAGUCAUACCACUUGAUGAUAAAUGGGAUGAACAUAAAAAUUUUGCGGCACAAUACAUGCAAGCUUCUCGACAAAAGGCAGUUCCACCAGCACCACAUGUGGAGGAUUUCCGUCCUCCUCCACCUCCUCUCCGCAGAGCCGAUACUUUUGCAGCUCCCUCAUCUUCUGCACAAAUGCGACAUGUACCACCGCCAAUGUAUAGUGACGAUGAAGCUACCCCUCGAAGAUCUGCAGCUCGAAAGGAAAGAAAGUCAUCCGAGACCCCGCGAGCCCGAGAAAGGUCAACGAAGGACCGUAGUAGAAAAUCAUCACCUACACAUACACCUUCAAAACCUACGUAUCGAGGAGAACCUUACAUCGUGGAACCUCCAUCUCCUCCACCGGUACCGAGAAUGCCUCCUCUUCCUACUCACACCUCCGCGCCGGCAGGUCUCUCUGAAUACCUUCCACGAGAAAAGGUAGCUCGCUCAAAGACCGAGUAUCAACGUAAAGAGCCUGUCCCCCAGAUAUCUCGAUCACAUACAUAUCAUACUGGAGAUCCGGCUCGGGAUCGAACCAGUGCAGGUGGUAGUAGUAGGCUAAAAAAGGUUGCUGAAUCAGAUUCGUCGGAUAAUGAUGGUGCCCAACAUGGCUACGCCCAACGUCGCUCACACAGCCCCGCACGUCAACCCCACAGAACCGAGACUACCACACGAUAUUUUGUCGACAAAGGUCGUGCAGUGGACGUGCAUCCUCGCUCCGAUAUGCGUGGAAUGAACGAUGGACACGUUUAUUCUACCAACCGAAGCCCAUCACCCCGUGGAACUCGUCGGGAUCGGGACCGCCCUCCACCAGUGAUGCGAAGUCAGAGUACCAGCGACAAAUAUCCGCCUGUUCGUGUAGUUCCCUCACCAGCAUACUAUGGUGAACCCGAAUCUAUCAACCCAGUGGUAGUGGAUGUGCGACCCAAGAUGCCACCCAGAGAAAGUGGGUAUUCAGUGUCAAGUCGGGCUACGCCACAUUUUUCCAAGGUCGAUUUUGCUCCCGUGUAUAAUCACAAUAACGUCAUCUACGCGCAAAAACCAGAACCUCAUUAUUCCAGUACCCGAAUGAAUGAACCACAAUAUUCUGCAGUUAGUGGCCGGAAAAUACUUUAUGCUUGA